CGAGAGGGAGGAGCCGGGAAGCCAGCGCGUCGCUCCUGCCGGCCUCCAAGAGGAACCAACAAGGAGGAGAACGGUGGAUACAAGGAUAUGUAUGCAUACAAGUCAUCAUAAAGUAGAGUUGAGUCGUGGUGCAACUUCUCACAUUUGGGUAGAGCUAGUAGCACAUUUAAGGAUCUUGCUCAACCGUCUGCAAUUAAAACUGUGACUAUAGUCCCCGUCCUCCUAUGUAAACUUAGCAUCCUAUGACUAUUUCUGCAACAUUUGAAUGCAUUAGAAGAAUCUUGGACAACUUGGAAAACAUAUAGGAGAAUGAGCACUCUGAUAAUUGAAGCUUUUUAUGGAGGUUCACACAAGCAGCUUGUCGAUCUUCUACAGGAGGAAAUAGAAGAUUGUGUCCUCUUUACUCUCCCUGCAAAAAAAUGGCAUUGGAGAGCCAGGACUGCAGCUCUCUACUUCAUGGAAAACGUACCAGCCAGUGACGAUUACAGGAUCCUCUUUGCAAGCUCGGUGCUUAACCUGACUGAACUGGUUGCCCUUCGGCCUGACCUUGGCAAAUUGAAAAAGGUCCUUUACUUCCAUGAGAACCAAUUGACAUAUCCUGUCCAGAAAUGUCAGGAAAGGGACUUCCAAUAUGGAUACAACCAGAUCCUUUCAUGUUUAGUUGCUGAUGUUGUGGUGUUUAACUCUGCUUAUAAUAUGGAGUCAUUUCUAACAUCUAUUGGGAAAUUUAUGAAGCUGAUACCUGACCAUAGACCUAAGCAUCUGGAAAAGUUGAUCAGGCCAAAAUGCCAAGUCCUAUACUUUCCAAUGAAGUUCCCUGAUGUGAGCAGGUUUAUGCCAGAACACAAACUGCCCCAUAUUGAGAAGACACCUGGUGCUGAAGGGAAUGGCAGUACUGAUCUGUUUAUGGAUCUCCCUUUCCAAGAAAAGAAUGGUGGAACUACAGGUUUAAUAAACGUCACCAACCCAGACCAUGGGCCUGGACAUUCUGAAUUGCGAUCCGCGCAUAGUUCCUCCUGGCCAGAGACACUACACAACCUACCAACAACAUUAGAGAAACUGGAGAAGCCUGCAUCUUCUACAAGCACAAAUCUUUCCCAAGCGGAAGAUAGCCAAUAUGCAGCUUUUAACCUUAGCAGCGUCUCAGGUAGAUCGGGCUGUCAGGAGAAACCUUUGCACAUUGUUUGGCCUCACAGAUGGGAACAUGAUAAGGAUCCUGAAAGUUUCUUUAAAGUGCUGCUGAAAAUGAAAGAGAUGGAACUAAAUUUUCAUGUGUCAGUCCUUGGAGAGACCUUCACUGAUGUUCCAGAUAUAUUUUCAGAGGCCAAAAAGGCACUGGGAUCGUCCAUCUUACACUGGGGCUACUUACCUAAUAGGGAUGAGUAUUUCCAAGUUUUGUGCAUGGCUGAUGUUGUCAUCUCCACAGCUAAACAUGAAUUCUUUGGCGUGGCAAUGAUUGAAGCUGUGUACUGUGGUUGCUAUCCACUCUGCCCCAAAGCUUUGGUCUAUCCAGAAAUAUUUCCAGCUGAAUAUCUGUAUUCUACACCUGAACAGCUUUUUAAAAGGCUUCAGAAUUUCUGCAAGAGACCAGAUAUUGUUAGGAAACAUCUCUAUAAGGGAGAGAUGUCUCAGUUUUCUUGGGCAGCGCUCCGUGGUAAAUUCAGGUCUCUGCUCACAACAGAACCCCGGGAAGAUUUGUGACAGAUGGGGUGAAGUCACAAACUUGCAGCCUAAGGCAAAAUCUGUAGAACUUUCCAGAGUGUGCCCAUAUUUACCUGAUCAGAGAGA